GCAGCGCUCGCCCCGCAGCUCCGCCCCUCGCUCCUCCCUGUCCUCAGCCGCGAGCAGUAAACGGGUCGGGCCUGCACCUGAGCUACUACUGCGCCGGUGUCGGUGGCCUAGCGGGGGCGGCGUCGCAUCGCCCUUCUUCCUGCCGCCGCCAUGGAAGAGGACCUGGAGCUGGAGAGAAAAGCAGUAGAAGAGCUUCUUAAAGAGGCAAAACGGGGGAAAACCAGAGCUGAAACAAUGGGAGCAAUGGGUUGGAUGAAGUGCCCUCUUGCAGGUACAAAUAAGAGAUUUCUUAUUAAUACUAUUAAGAACACGUUACCCUCUCAGAAAGACCAAGACCAAGACCAAGACCAAGAACAUGAACAUGAACAGGAGGAUGACAGAAAGCAGCCGGAGCCAAGUGAAAGCAGGAAAGAAGAAAAACCAAAGAAACAUAGAACGUAUCCUUACACACCCAGCUUUCAGGCCAGAAGAAGAGUUAGCUAUUCUCCUCCUAGGUACCGGAGCAGGAACCGGCACACAAGGGAUAAGUACGAAAAGUGACCAAGCAAACAAUGAGAAGGUGAAGAAUAUGUGCUGUGAUAAGCCAAGAAUGUAAUUAAACCUUGGACUGUGAGGAUGUUUAUUAAUCUUUAAAAAGAAGAUCUUGUUCAAUACAGAUCUCUUAGCUGGCAAUUGCUUUUGUGAGAAAUAAUCUUGGAGUGGUUUUAUAAGACUUUAUUUGGGGAUCCUUAAAAUAAAGUACCACAUUAAUUUGUGGAUUAGUUUAGAACUAUAUAUAUUUUUCCCCUCCCUAAUUAAACUUAAGGACUUUAUCUCAGUGGUUCUUGCGAAUCAAUAUAUUUUACUGUUUAGCCUUUUAGUCUGUUUACAUUUUUGGAGACUAAUGUAAGCAAAUGUGUAUUUAUAUGCAAAAUUGAUGGUUAUUUUGAUACUAAACUCAAUUUUAAAAGUUCAUUUCUGUUCAUGUUAAUUUUGCAGGAUAGAUCAGAUCUGAAGAAAGGAAGACUCAAGCAUGCCUAGCCCACAUGUAUAUUUUAUGUAGUUUGUAAGAGGUUAAUGUCCAUCUACUGAGGAAAACUGCUGACUUCUGUAAAUACUUCCUUUAUUGUUAAGAACAAAUUUGAAAUGGGCAUUGUUAGCUUUAACAAUGUAGGAGGAAUUAUCCGUAAUAUAGAUUGUAUAAUAUGGUUCACUUGUGCCCAUAUGUGCUACAAACUGAUCAGAAGUGAUAACAAACAUUAGCAGUAAUAAACUAUAGAUGCAAUAAUUUUGUCUGUGUUUAGACUUCCUUCUUCAGAGGACUGAGUUUGAAAAAUAUGAAAACAUGGUGCUUUAAAAACAAACCUCAGCACCUAAAAUUAACAUGUCACUACACAGGGCUAUGAAUUUUACAACUAGAUAUAACACUGCAUCCACAUGGAAUAAAAAAUUAUUUUCUAACCACUGACAUAACUUUCAAAGCCUGUGAGACAAUUUUGUAGUGGUAUAAUUCUAAAUUUUCUGACUUUCACUAUUCAUAAAUGUAAUUACACAUCAAUACUCUGUAUAUCUUCAUUCUCUGUGUUCUGGUUACUUGUUUUGUGAAGCAUUUGGGAUUUAAAUAUCCUCAGACAUAACUAUCUGAGUGAACAUAUGGCUUAGCUUUAUGAAUUAUUUCAAGUGAGUUGAGAAUAAAUUUGAAAUACAUUAA